AUGUCCACGUCUUGGGAGUCUUCAUUAUCCUCCUCGCCCUCCCAACAUGAGUCCAACCUGAGUCUCACCUGGGACAACCUCACCUCUCAAAACACCAGGCCAGAGGCGGCUCCCCAACACGGGUGCCCGAGGAUCGAUCUACACGAGUUAAGAGUGGGUGGAAAUGGUCCUUAUGGUCCAACGCAGUUAGAUCUGGCCUCCAUGGACGUCCCCGGUCCUGGUGCCAUCCUGAGGGCCCAUUUAGAUGAUAUCUCCAGGAGCGGCGUGGAGUGCCGUCACAGUUACCAACAGUGCCGUCACAGCAGUGCCGUCACAGCUACCAACAGUGCCGUCACAGCAGUGCCGUCACAGCUACCAACAGUGCCGUCACAGCAGUGCCGUCACAGCUACCAACAGUGCCGUCACAGCAGUGCCGUCACAGCUACCAACAGUGCCGUCACUCACAUGUACCUAGGAAUGGCAGUGUUUCGAAGGAGUAACACCAGUGACGCUAUACGUGACACCAGUGCCACUCGUGUUACUGUGACACUACAACAAUCGUGGGUGACAACAGGGCCAAUGCUCAGGUCGCCCUGUUCACCUCACAGUUGUCGCUCAGUGCUGUCCAAGUCCAGCCAACCCAAGCCCGACCAGCCCAAGUCCCCCAACCCAAGUCCGGCUAACCCAAGUCCGGCCAACCCAAGUCCGGCCAACCCAAGUCAGGCCAACCAGUCCGGCCAACCCAAGCCCGACCAACCCAAGUCCGGCCAACCCAAGCCCGACCAACCCAAGUCCGGCCAACCCAAGUCCGCCAACCCAAGUCCGGCCAACCCAAGCCCGACCAACCCAAGUCCGCCAACCCACGACCAACCCAAGUCCGGCCAACCAAGCCCGACCAACCCAAGUCCAAAUCCAGCUGGCAGACCAUUUGCCACACCCGUACAUCUAUGA